AUGUCUUCAGUAUCACCUGCAGCAAUAUCAGUUUCAACACGGCCUUCUGAUGUGUUCACCGCCAGGAGAACAGAAUCCAGUGAUAUUCCUACUAUCAUCCAUCACGUCAACUAUACGACAGAAAGAUUGUUUGGCAGGAUUAAUGUCAUUUAUCUGUUAGAAACAGCUAAUCUUGCAGUGACCUUAAUCAACCAGAAGAAUGCAGCUGUUGCUCAUGCCUUAUUUCUGGACUAUCCCAACUGGAAUUGUGUUGAUCCGGCCUACUGGGAAAACGCCAUACAAAAAAGCUAUAAUGAGGGCAGGUGCACGCCUUUGAACACACUGUUUCUGCAUCUGUUUGUGGCAAUGGAUGAACGUGCAGUUCACUGUUCUCAUGAAAUUAUGAAGACUGUCUUUAUAACCAUACCAGAACUGCACUUCAUACUUCUCUUCGUACCAAGUCAAGAGAAUUUAGGUACGGACUUAGUGGAUGCUUUUAAGCCACUGAAGAAGGUAUCAGAUUCAGACAUGAAUAUGGAGUACAGCCUGUUUAUGUGUGAGAGGCAUCGAUAUAGUCCACAGCUCUAUAUCCGCCAAGCCAGGGUAGAAGACCAUGAUGACCUCACUCCUCUCUUCACAAGUCAGAAUGAUACUCUGAGAGAAACGUAUGGUGAAUACUUCCUCGCUGAACUAAUAGAAGCACAAGAUGACGAGAACGUUGCGGUGGUUUGUGAGGAGGAGGGCAAGGCGGUGGGCUUCAUGAGCGUGUGCUCCAAAGUGAACAUAGAAUUGCUUCACGACUGCUUCGACUUGGGUCCUUUCCACGGACUCUGCAAACCGCACUCAGACGACGUCCUGAAGCUCCCACAGGAGCGAAGUGACAUAGCUGAAGUCGGUAGCAGCCUAACAAGACAAAGAUCAGGAAGCCUGGACACCCAAGAUACAGAAACCCAGGGCAUUAGCAAAGCUGGAAGCUCCCUUACCCAAACUUCAGACUCUACCAUAGGUGUCAUUCCAUCAGUGACAGAAAGUGGUCUUUUUCGAACAGUAGAGGCAGAGGCAGUGUUGUCUGUGCCUUCAUUAGAACAGAUGCUAGACAGUGAGCAAGACAAGGCUUGGAAAAGCCCAGAGAGUCCGAGUACAGAGAGGGAGUUCUUCCACCCCAUCUACAAAGGAGCAGUCAACGCUUUCUGCAUUCAGCUCUUCUGUAUCAAGGAGCAACAUGAGACAAGGUCACUGGAUUUCUUGAAAUUCGUUUUCAAGCUGUUCCCUGACAGAGACUUCUGCAUCAUCUCAGUGCCUCACAUGGUACCAGAAUUUUAUCUGAUCCAGAACUUUGUUCGGGUUAUUCCCUUUAGUGGUUGUACUCUGGACCAGGAGCUUUACGUGUUUCAUCGUUCCGGAUUGCUCAAGUCUUUUCUUGUAAGAGCAGCAAAAUCUAGUGACACCCAUGCUGUUGAAGAGCUGAUCGAAACCCUGGAGUUGAACAGGAGUAUAUUGGAUGAUUUAAAUAACUACCUAUUAGCCCGGAGAGAUCCAGAUGGAACGCCAGUUCAGGCAUUUGUAGCAGAAGCUUUGAAUCAGAUAGUUGGGAUAUCGAUCAUCAGGAAUGAAAUGGACAUUGAAUAUAUUCGCUCACACUACAACAUUGAAGACUUUGUUUACUUCAACCAUCACCGGCGGGAAGACCAUGGCCAUUUAUACCAUUUUGCUUUAAAUCCGAUCUUUCAUCACUAUGCAAAACAUUUCAUGAAGGAGAUACUUCGGCUGUCUUACAAAAGUUGUCUCUACUACCCCAUCUAUCCCCAGACUGGAGAAGGCAAGUUCCAGAAUCCCUGUGCCCAUUCCCUGACAUCUGCCCUUCAUUACAUGGUUCCCGUGCGACCAAGACGACAGAUUGUCUAUCCUCUGGAAAAACUUGGCAUCAAUGCUCCAUCAAAGCAGGUCUCUAAGGAUCAGGCAAAGUAUGCAUUGAACCACUUCAAUCGGAAGCUGUCCCUGGAGCCUAAGGUGUCCAUCAAUGCUAGAAUAGUUGUGGUCGGGUCAUCAAAUGUUGGAAUUUCCUUCCUCGAAACACUGGUUUUUUGUCCACACCUGAAAUUUAACAACCUUACCUUGAUUUCAACGCAUGGACUUCCUGGGAAACAGAUGCUGGGGGAAAAGCAUAAGCAGUUUUUAAUGAACAGCCAUUGUUUUAAUGAUGAUGAUUACGCACUGAUGUCACUUUCUUCCUGGAUUAAUGUUGUGGUCGGAAAAAUGACUGGCAUAGACAGAUCUGCAAAGCACGUCAUAGUUUCCAAGGAAAAGAAAGUGCCAUAUGAUCACCUCAUUCUCUGCACUGGCCAGCAGUAUCAGGUCCCAUGUCCCACUGGUGCAGAUAUCCGAAAACUGCCUACCAACCGAGAGGUCUCCCAGAACUGUAAACAGAGAUACACUGGCGUGGUCCCUUCAAACUUGUUCAUUCUUUCGGAUGAGGACGACUGCUUAAUGGCAAUGAACUGGGUAAAAGAAAAACUUAUUGGUUUCCCAGGGAAUGUUAUUGUCUACGGGAAUAAAAGUGACGUUUUCACCACUGUAGAGACCCUCCUAUCGUUAGGAAUCGGCGGCAGCCGGAUACACCUCGUGCACCCACCACUGCAGUCGAACGUUACUUCUAUUAAUAACAAUGCAAUAGAGAAAGCGGUUGAUAAAGCGCUGUCCCUCGCUGGCGUGUCUGUGCAUCAUGACUCUCUGCUGGCUCGGUGGAACGACGGCAACCAUCCGGAUCCCAUUGUGCAGGCCUCUUUCACGACUAAAACAAAGCCGUUUAAACUGCAGUGCUCCGCCUUUUUCAACUUCACCCACAAGAGAGUGGAUUACGACACCUUCAAGGCAGUUAACGAUGCAUGCCUUGUUUAUGAUGGGAAGCUUGUGAUUGAUACCAACUUCCAUACCAACGAUGUGGCCAUCCGAGCCGCGGGUCCGCUGACCAAGUUCUCAAACAUCUACUAUGCCAACGAGUGGACACACGCAAAUUUCAACUCCAAGGAGGUUGGUUUCCAGCUUGCCGCUGCCAUGCUGAAUCUUUUCGACCCAACUCUGGAGCCAGUUUUUGAACCCCCAGAAGAUAUGGAUAGACUCAUCCCUAUGUACAAGGGAUGCAAAGUUCAAGGUGGUAGCCUACCUGGAAAAUACUAUUACGUGCACAUUUAUAAACCAGGAAUUCCCACUCGCUUGGAUGUAAAAGAAACGCAGCCCGAUUAUGGCCUGGCAAUCAUGACCGGAGAUGCGAUCGAGGGGAAUUAUUUCAGGAUACAUGUCAACCGGUACAGUCUGAUAGAAACCAUCACCUGCUUUUCAAAGAAUCCUCUUCCCGUAUCAAACUACAUCCCUCUGUUUGGACAGCACGAACGUCUUCUUAACCAUCUGUGCUCUCGCUGGAGUGAGGGACUGAUCACAGAUCUCUAUAGCUACUUGAAGGAACCUUGGGCCUUGGUCAUCUAUCACGAUCGCUUUAUUGAUCUGAAGAAAGAACUGCGCAAGAUCCUGGUAUCUAUCCAGGAGGAGAAUCACCCUUCGAUGCAAGAACUCGUCCGGCAGGUGGUGGACGGUGAGCUGGCUCUGCUCGAGAGGCCAAAGACCUACCUCAAGCGAUUCUACAAGCAAACCGUCUACAAAAAUUUGCUAGAGAAAAGCGUCCUCACUUAUCUGAACUAUAACAAUUACCACCUGCCAAUGUUUGCCUGGCCUGGGAUUGUCUAGCCGUGGCCGGCUAAAUGCAGCUCUCGUUUUUGCUCCUUGAAACUCUAGCGGAGUUUGACUAAUUCCCCCCCCCCUUUAUUAUUAUAAUAAGUCCAUUGGGGAGGUAAUUUUCACAGCUGUCCAGGGAAAGAAGAUGGGAUCUUUAUUUCCACAGCCCAGCAGGUGGAGCAGAGUGCCGGUUUCAUCAUUCAGCCAAGAUAGCGUUCAAAACAAAGAAGGAAGCAGUG